UGUCCUUCACUCUCAGGCUGCUUUCAAGGUCCUAGAAGAAAGUGAGACGUAAUGGAAUUGUACCCAGCCCAGUGGUGCUUACUGGCAGCAGGUUUCAUUUGCAUAUGGCAACCCAUUAAACCAGGGUUGGACAGUGAGUAAGCAAGGAAGGCUUACAGCAAUGGUGUCAGGAAUCAAUAAAAUUAUUUUAAAUUGUUUAUGGCCACUUUGUCAGGGCAAGAUGCCAUCAAUGAGGCCUGCAGCCACCUUGCACUGAGGUCUGAGCCUCCAAAAUCCCACCUGUGCUGGUGAUGGGGUGGUAUUGGGGUGAAUUAGAAACUGCUCUCUGAGGAAUUAAGGACACUUAUGGCUGAUGGGAAAGGUGUGGUCCCAGGGCUGUGCCUACAAACUGAGUCAAUGCUCCUCCUGUUUGCUGGUGGGAAGAGCCAUCUCUUGGUGCUCCUUGGUUUUUGCUGCACUUUGCUCCUGUGUGAGUACAGAUUGGUUUCAGGGCAUCCCAGCACCGCUGUGUCCGUGUGUGUUGCAUGGGGUUGGAUGCUGCUGAUGGUGCUAUUUUUGCAGCAGGGUGGGAGCUGUGAAAAAAUGGGAGUGACGCCUCCGCUGUUUGCGUCUCCUCCAGUUCUUAUCUCUGUUUCACAGUCAAGAUGUUUCAAAACCUUUAAAUACACCUCGAAACGCAGAGCGGGGACAAAUCCCCAUUACAGGGAGCAGCAUCCUGCCAUGCAAUGCACUCCCAAACCCAGUGCAAGGGGGCUGAAAAUCCUCCUAGAGGUUGGCAUGGCCAUGAGAAGGGGAUGCGCACAUGGAUGCUCAGUAAGUAAACAACUGCUCCCAGCAAAGUGUUGGGCCUGCAGAGCCAUAAGGACACAUUGGAUGCUGUGAUACCAGGAGUGUUCCCAGCCCACGGUGGGUGCAGGUGUAGAGUGUUUUCUAGCAGUGCCAAAAAGCAGCUUUUGGGCUCUGCCUCACUGGCCGGGCGCCUGAGCAUGAAGCAAUUUGGCUGCUGCACGGCCCUGUUUAAACUCCCUGUAAUUAUUCCCUGGGAGCACAUUCCCACGUGGAGAAGCUGCAGAGGCCCUCGCAGAGGCAUCCUCUGACUCAGCAGAAAUAGCUGGGAAGUGUUUGCUCGGGGAUGGGAGCUGCAAUGUGCAAAGUACAAGGGAGGGAGCCAGGUGGGACACAGUGCUGCGUGGUGACGUUGGCACAGAUUAGUUGAGAGGCUGCUGGAUGCAACCCAACAGCCCAGCAAAGGGCUAAUGCAAAAUGAAAAGCAAAGCAAAAUCCCCACCUCUGCUGGUGCAAAGGUGGUUGUGCUCUGGAGGCUGGGAAGGGCACUGAGCAUAAAGGUUUGGGGUUAUAGUAGGAUGUUGCUCUGACAGCUCACACCAAGGAACAUGCAAUAAGCCCUUGAGGUAUUUGGGGAAUGGGAUGUUAUGCCACAUGUGUAAGGUGAUCUGUAACAUCUUUUGGCCCUUUGUUAGGACUGUCCUCCCUUCAAGCCCCUGCCACACACCGUGGCAAUGCUGUAAUGCAGCUGUGGCUGUGCAGAUGUGUCCUCAUCCCCAUUGUGCUCACGUUGGUCCUUCCCUGCAGCACACAGAGCCAAACAUCUCCAAAGAACGGAGAGCAGGCGAGGUGGGGAGGCAGCAGAGCUAAAAUGAUUAAUGGGACACCACGCUCAGAGCAGCUUGGUUGGUGAUAUUAAUAAUGAGAGAAUUCAGGAGGGAACGUGCCCCAUGCCCAGCUGUGCAGCCGGCAGCAGCAGGAGCUGUGAAGCUCUAUUUGCAAUGCAGGAGUGAUUGAGUGUGCUUUGCAACAUGCAGUGUGCAUGGAGGGAGAGCUUCCACUUUGCAAGGCUCGUUCUGAACCCGUGUGAACUGCAAGAAGAAAAAAGCAUAGGGUCAUAAAUACCCCAUAACGCUGUCACCAGGAAGCACAUCAAUAUCUGUUAGAUGUGGCUUAAGCUUGAGGAUUGUAAACUGGGCAGGGAAAGAGUGUUUAGCUUAUAGGGGGAGAAGGCAUGGAAAAGGGAAUAUUUAGUAGGAAUUAAUUUGCUCAUAGGGUAAAAAUCAGACAGGCUUUACACCCCCCUGGCUGGAGAGAAGCAAAUGAAGGGAGUAAAGCUUCCCAACAGCGGGAUCAAGGCUUUGGCCAGAGUGACUUGGGGUGUCCCCACAGUGUUAUGGGAUGGCUGAGUCUCAUAGGGAGCCCCUGCCCUGCUGGGAGCGGUACGGUGUGAGCUGACCCGGCUCAGAAUGAGGCUUUCGAAAGGGACUGAUGGAAAACUUCACUAAAUCUGUGUGGAAAAGGCAAUAUCUCCAAAUAAGGUGUGGAUGGAUGCUGAGCGCUUUCGGAGCGCAUCGCCCUGAGCGGCUCUUAUGCGGGUGUGCGGGGACCUCUGGCGGCAGCGCCUGUCCCUCUCCGUGCCCAAGCCUGAUAUGGGGCAUGGAGGGAGAUUUGGGCUCCGAUCCGGUGUCUGGGGCUUGUUUGUAACCGGACUUGGGAGUUUCUGUUAUUCGAAGUAUCUCUGGUUAAUGGCAUCGCUAUAGAAGGAGGGAAGAAGGCAUUUUCAAAGCUGAAAAUAAGGGGUUUUGAGGAAAUCUCGUGGUAACACUUUGGAAAAUAAAGGAAAAUCUGGGCUAAGAGUAGCUGAAAGAUUGAAUGUGUGUGGCUGCUGGUGGUGCUCCAGCAGUGGGAUCAGAGCCCCAGAACCAGAGGUGCCCUUAUCAAAGCUUAAAUUCCUCCCACGAGGAAAUGGCCGUGAGAGCCCUCCAGUGCCCGGAGACACGUUCACUAUUCCUGAACGGGGCCAAAGUGUUUCAUAACCCAGAGAACAAAGCAGCACGUGGGGCAACGUCACAGCCAGGACAAGCAGUGCCAGACCCACAGCGUUUCAGGGGCUGGGGCACUGUAGGGUCAGAGCUUCCUCAUGGAAAGGGACAUUUCUGAGGCUAAAACACUGUCAGUAAAUGACUUUCCUACUUGGUACCCUGGGCAGCCCAGCAGGUGUACAGCCCUGGCUGGGUGCAGCCAAUGCACCCAUCCCUUUGCAUCCCCUUACGCUAAGCAGAAUGAGCUCUGUGCUUGGCUUUCCCACAGCUGAUUAUCCUGUGUGAUCCCUCUGGUCCUAAUGCACAAGGUUAUUUAUAACCACCCCAGCACUGGAUCUGUGGAUUACUCCAAGCAGUGUCUCUCUCUUUACUUAACUGUGAUAAAAUUCUUUCAUCUUUCUGGCUUUUAAGCGUAUUUCUGAAGCAUGAGAUGCCUUCCUAUCAGCAGGGACUAUCUCACCCCUUUCCUUUGGCACUGAUUUGUUCCCUCUGCAACAUCUCUCCCAUCAGCCCAUCUCCUGUUGCUGUUUCAGCACCCAUUGCUCCAGACAGGGCAGUGAUGGUGAGCUCAGGCUCCACGCUUUCAUACGAGAGCAAAGAGAACAGAAGAUUUCCUCCCAGAUUAAUACCUCAAAGGAGAGGCAGCCCCUGACAUUUCCUGGUGUGUAUGCAGUGACUCAUCUGAAUAAAGUCUGCGUGGCAUCCUCGCCCCUGGCGGAGACGUCAAAAAGCAACGAGAGCCAUCAAACCAUGAGCAGCAGGAAAAGCAGCAUCGUAAUGGGAUGGAGCUGAGGAAAGUGUGGGUAUGUGACCCUGGAUUCCCACAGAGAGCAGAUCUGGGGUGUAUCGACAACAGGGAGCUGCUGGUGGGAUGGGAUGUGGGACAAAGGGAUGGAGGGCAGCAGUGCGGUGGGUGCAGCAUUUAUAUAUAUGUACACAUAUACAAUUAUCUUUGGCAGAGCUGCUGUUUUUUGGUCAAUAAACCCACAGUGAGAUCUGGUGUUUGCAUAGGGUCUGUGCCCACGGUGAGGGAUGGGACAGUGGGGUAAGGAAUACUUUGGGAUGAAGCAUCACUGCAUGGAGGGUAGGAGGGUAUUGAGCCUCCUGGUGCCACCGGGGUGCAGGAGGAACCUCGGGGGGAUGAGGAAGGUGUCCCUAUUUCCCAGUCUCUCCAUCUCCAUUUCAUCCCAUCUCCAGGCAUCCUCAGCUCCCACUGCACCCACCUCCCAGUGUCCUUGUUUCCAGGUUUCUCUGGCUCCUGGUGUCCCCCCACUCCAGAUAUCCCCAUCUCCAGCCAUACUCAUCACCCGGUGUCCCUAUCCCGGCGUCCCCAUCUCCAGAUGACCCCAACUCCCGGUGUCCCCACAUCUCAGUGCCCCCAGCUCUGAUGCUGGGACCCCCAGCCCCUCUCUCCACUUGCAUUUCCCCCUCCUCACUUCCGAACCGGGACACUGUGAUACCCAGUAACGGGGCGAGGCGAUGCCCUGGGCGGCGCCGGUACCCGGGGCGGGGGCUACGGGGCGAGGCGGAGCCGUCUGGCAGCGUAUUCGGUGCCCCCCAUGGGAGGCAGCGGAUGCCCAUGGCUGUGGGGUCGGACUUGCUGCUGGUCGCCGGUUCUUUCGCCGCUUUCCGCUUGUUGAACCACGGGGUGGAGCGGCUGAUGCCCCCGCCGCCUUCGGCCCGGAGGAACCGCUGGAAGUGGCGGAACAUCUGGACGUCGCUGGCGCACAGUGUGUUGAGCGGCGGCGGGGCGCUGAUGGGGUUCUACCUCUACCCUGAGAUGCAUGAGGAUUUGGUGGGCACGCACCCACCGGGGGCACACAGCCUGGUGGCCAUAUCUGUAGGUUAUUUCCUGGAAGACUUUAUGGAUAUGCUAUGCAAUCAGAAACUCCGCCAGUCCUGGGAGCUGCUCUUCCAUCACUCUGUGGUGAUUGUAUGCUUUGGCAUUGCAGUGCUGCUCCAUCAGUACGUGGGCUUUGCCCUCGUGGCCUUACUGGUGGAGAUUAACUCCAUCUUCCUCCACCUACGCCAAAUCCUUCUCAUGGCCGACCUGGUGCGCACCACCUGCUACCGCCUCAACAGCAUCAUCAACCUGGGCACUUAUGUGGUGUUCCGCAUUGCCACGCUGGCCUGGAUGACACGCUGGCUGUUCCUCAACAGGCAGCAAGUGCCCCUGGCCACAUACACCGUGGGCACAGUUGGUAUGGCAAUCAUGACCCCCAUGAACAUCAUCCUCUUCUACCGCCUGCUGCGUAGUGAUUUCUUCAAGUCCAGCCGGGAUACACGCAAAGAGAAGGAAAAAUAACACUGAGCAGCUAUGAGCUCGUGGAGGAGGACUGGAAAGAGCUGUGGGAAGUGAGGAUGGCUAUUUCAGUGUUGCUUGGACUUGUGGCUGUGGAUCCUGGGCAGAGGAGGUGCUAGUGGAUCAGACACUGGGGGCUCUGCUCUCCAGCACCUAUGGAUGAUGUGGUUGAACAACCAGGAGCUGCUCAGAGAAGCCCUGAAGGCUCUGGCAGCCCUGAGAAGGGAGCAGGGAGAAUUGUUUCCCCUUUGCUUUUCUGGACGUGCAAACACUACUGUGUGUUUCUAACCUCUUAGGUGCUGCACCCUGCAGGGUCCUAUUGCCUAAGGGACUCUGUUCUACCUCUGGCACUUCCCAUGGGACAGCACCAGGCAUCUCCAAGGCUUUGCCCUUCAGUCCAGGGCUGGUUAAAGCCAAAUCCUGCACCUAUAAUUCCUCACAGAGGAGACUGUGCCAGGUGAGAGAUGAAGGUUUGGACCUGUCCUUAUCAGAUGCUGCUGGCACUGGACUAGGGACAGUGGGAGCUUCAGUGCCAUCCUUGGGGACAGGCUGCUAACUUCAGACAACUGGAACUUUUCUAGUGUUAUUUUGUUCCCAGAUCUAUUAACUCCCUAUAAGUGAGUGUGGGAGCACGUGAGCUGCAGGUCAGGAUGAUGGUGUGUGAUAGUUGCUUCCUGUGAAUGGGAUGUUUCACAUGGGUUAGAUAUGGGCAUCUAUGAGGAACCAGAAGUCUUGGUGUAACGCUCUCAAGCAGCAGCAGCAGCUCUUACUAACACAGGCUUUCAAUAAACAGCAAACAAAUCAGCUCAA